AUGGCAGCAGCGGCCGGCGGCGGCCCCCUGCUCCCCGAGGAUCUCGUUGUCUGGGAGAUCCUGAUUCGUGUGCCGGCGAAGACCCUCCUCCGGUGCCGCGCCGUCUGCCGUUCCUGGCGCCGCCGCCUCACCUCAGACGCCAAAUUCCUCCUCGCCCACCACCGCCGCCAGCCCUCGCUCCCGCUCCUCACCAAAGGGGACAGGACCACCGAGGAGAGGAGGAUCGACGCCCUGGAUCACCGCACCGGCGAGCGGCGCCCCGUCGCGCGGACGACGGGCUGGACCGCCGCCAACGCGGGCGACCUCAACGUGCUCGCUUCCUGCGACGGCCUCCUCAUCCUCCUCGCCAACGGCGGCCUCCAGAUCUGCAACCCGGCGACCCGCCAGCGCGCGCCCCUUACGCUGCUCCACGGCGCCUCCUGCAUCUCCGCUCUCUACCCUCACCGCCCGUUCGGGUCGUACCGGGUGCUGUGCUGCUUGGAGAGAGCCGAGGACGGCCGCGCCGUGUACCACGUGCGUCGGAGAGCCUCCCGCGCCGUGGGCGUCCGGGGAUAUGGUAAUGGCGAUGCGAUGCCGAUGAUGGUGUACUUUCACCCGCACGUCGUGGCAGACGGCAAGAUCUACUGGCAGCCGGUAAUGCUGCCCGACGGCAACGGCAAGGUCAACAACAUGGUCGCGUUCGACACCAUGGCCGAGUCCUUCCAGCAACUGCUGUUUCAGAUGAACAGUGGCGCCCUUGGAUUGUACCACUACGGCGGUGGCACGGCUGAUCUCUGGGUGCUACAGGAUCACGGGAGCUGGUCCUGGUCUAUGAACCACCGGAUCAAAUUGCCGGGGUUGGUUUAUUCUCUGCUACCAGUGCUGGACCCAGAAGGAGAUGUGCUCGAUGUGCUCGUCCUUUCUCAAAGUGUGGGAUCAGGCAACCUGUGGAAACAUGUGCAGCACAUUUCUGGUGCCAAUGGCAGUUUGCUGGCCCAGUAUGAAUGGAGCGUUUAUCUGAAGCUUAGCAGGCAUAGGUUCAAAGAAAGUCUUGUCCACCAUGACUUCUUCUCGAUGGACGGUAAUGCUGGUUGUGUGGAUGAAAAACCAUUGUUCGAUGGCUUGUCAACUGUGGCGGUGCUUCGUGAUGAUAAUUCUGAGUCACAUUGA